AUGUCAUCUCAAGACUCUUUACCUGUCCACCCCUCCCCUGAGACGAGACAAAGUCACGGCUCUGCAAAAGCGAGAUCGACUCUACGGACGAUAGCUCAUCAUAUAAGGAGACACGCUGGCGUCGGGAUUAUCAUCUCGGUUGGCUAUUUCGACCCUGGUAAUUGGAGCGUCGAUUUGCAAGCGGGUUCGACUUUUGGGUAUAGGACAAUGCUGUUUGUAAUCCUGUUGGCUGGCAUUAUGGCCAUCAUCCUCCAGGUGUCUGAGCAUAUACUAUCAGACUUGGCGACGAACUGUCGAGUUUUGCUGCACAAACACCCCAAGCACCCCAAGCUCAUCCGCCGAUGCGUUCUCUAUCCACUUUACGUGCUUGCCGAGAUCUGUAUCAUCAGCACCGACUUGGCAGAGCUGCUGGGCUCCGCCAUUGGGACAUGCCUGAUAUUUCCCAAACUUCCUAUAUGGGCUGGAGUACUGAUCACGGGCGUCGAUGUUCUCAUAUUUCUCAUCAUCGGUGAUCCGACCAGAAACCGAGGGCGGCCAGUUCAGGUUUUUGAAUUUGCGAUGAUUAUCCUGGUCGGGAUUGUAUUUGUUGGCUUUAUCGUUUUGAUUGUCAAAGUCAGUCCAAACUGGGCUCAGGCGUUCUAUGGGUUCAUUCCCUCGAAUCGUCUCCUUCAAAGCUCGCCUAAUGCUGUCUAUAUAGCUAUUGGCAUCGUAGGGGCCACCGUUAUGCCCCACACACUUUUUCUGGGAUCUUACCUCUCCACCCAGGACAGGGUCGAGAUAGUGCCGCUCGAGCUCCCCGAUCCAAGCCUCGCCACGGCAUCGCGUUUUCGCCGGUGGUGGAAGUCGUUCACAUCCCAGUUCUAUGCAACCAGGAUGUCGGAGGACCGUAGAAUUGAGAUCGAGACUCGACAUGGGUAUAGAGACAAUAACUCUCUAUCCUUUAUCCGGGCCCAUAUGACUCACGGACUUGUCGAUAUUGUCGUAAGCUUGUUGACCGUUGCUGUGCCUGUGAACGCUGCCAUCGUCAUACUCGCUGCCACAGUGUUCUAUGAUCCCAAUACCUUGUCCGACGGAAGUCUCUUCACGAUGCAUGAUCUUAUACGUGACACUCUUGGAAAAGGAUUCGCGUUCAUCUUUGCUCUGGCACUCGUGUGCUCAGGUCAAACCGCCAGCAUAACGGCAACUUUCGCUGGACAGCUCGUCUCCGAGGGCUUUAUUCAAUGGCACAUCUCUCCAUUCCUACGCCGCCUCAUCACGCGCCUUCUGAGUCUGAUACCCUCGAUGAUCGUUGCUAUUUCCUCAGGCAGAUCUGGCAUUGAUACGCUGCUCGUCGCGUCCCAAGUCGCGCUCUCCGUCGUCCUCCCGUUCGUCGCAUUCCCGCUCAUCUAUCUCACGGCAUCUAAAAGUGUCAUGUACGCGAGACGGGAGCGCACCGACGAUCAACGCGCGAAUGGAGAUGAAAAUGCAUGCGGCAAGGAUGUGCCGCAAAAUGACGACAAGAAGGCGGAGCUUGAGAGCGCUGCUGUUGAGGCGCCGCCAAUGCUCACCGUCACCGAGGUCGAGGUCACGGCUUCGCCGGUCAAGGUGCCACGGGAGGACAAGAUGGACUUCAGCAACUCGUAUAUGAUGACUAUCGUUGCAUUCUUGGUGUGGGCAGUGGUGGUACUGGCCAACGUGUAUGUCAUCGUUAUGCUCGGGCUCGGUGACACGGGUGAAUAGAGGUACAAACCGUUAACGAUCGGGGCGUCGGAGUUGCAGGGUGCACUUCGACGUACGUUGCUGAUCACGCCCAGCAUAACCAUAGGUAUAGAUUCGAGUGGCUGCAGGUGUACAGUACCAUACAAACGUAUCAAGAUCAGACCACGAAACGAAUUGAUGAAGCCCAACAAGGUCCAAUAGCAUUCAUGUUGACUACUCACACGUCAAGAUAGUCGUUCAAGUUUA